CUGCCGAGUCGCCAGCCACACACUUCCUCGAUAGGUUGCUCCGCGAACGACCAACAGAUGUCAAAAAGCUUUGGAUCGGGCAAGUCGGAGCAGUGGAGCGUCUCCAGAGUGUUUGUUCCGCGCCACAAUCGUAGCCGACGUGUUUUCGAGUUUUUCUCGUUCCCCGUCGUGGGAAUUGUUGCCGUGCAUUUUUCGAUUUUGUGGAAAUUCCAUUCACACCAGUUGGCAUAAUUGCGCGAAAACUGCAACGGGAAUCCGCGUAUUCGGUCCUGUGCCGGUUUCAUCCCAAGUCCCGACCGUUUCAAGGAGUUUCAGUUGCCCCGGUUGCAUUCAAGUGUCGAAACCCAGAGAAGUGAUCUCCCCCGGCCGUUUGUGCAAUUUUCCCGCGGUUCCAGCCACCCCCAAGCGCCAGGCAAAAAGUGUUUUGUUUGCUUUUCCGUAAAAGUGUAAAAUAGUCGCGUAAUUAGAGUGCGCUCGCCAGACUUUAGUUCGUGGCGUGGAAAGGUGACGCGUGAGUGGAAUUCAAUUUGGGGCUGGAAGCUGCCGCCUACAAUUUGGAAAUUAAUUAGAGAGUUGCAGGCGUCCUCGGGAAAUAAUCCCAAAACGGAAAGUAAUUGGUGGAGAACGUGUAAGACCGUGCCCAGGUGUCGGCGCGUUAAUUAAUAUUGAGUGUCCGGUCGGAGUGAAGAACGCCUGGUCGAACGCUUGCGGUGAAAAAGUGGUCAAAGGAGGAAGUUGUGAAAAUGUCUCAAGGCGACUUAUUAACUAUCGCCGGCGACGAGGGCAAGGACGAAUCUCAGCAGCCGCCGUCCGAAGUGAAUGGCGGGUUCGCGCCAAUCGAGGCGCAUAAGAUACUCGACUUGUGUGAAAGUCUGUCGAACGUAACGAGUUCAAUUGAAGUCCAGCGGCUGAUUAACAAGUUUCUGCAGGAAAUGACUGGGGCCCCAUACGUAUUUCUCAUUCCAUUAUUAGCUGCCAGUGAAGAGGGCCUAAUUCAAGUCAUUGGCGAUAAGGUAUUGGAGAAGGAAAUUCGAUUUUCGAUUACAAGCAACGAUAUCAAAGGUGUUUCAACUCAUGGCUUUCAAUUUCUCAUCAGUGAUAUCAAUCGUGAUUUCACGGAAAUGAUUGCAAUGGUUGUAGGUGAUAAACACAAUACUCUUAUCUUCAAUAUGAGCGAAUCAACGUCAGCACCACUGAAUGAUUGUCAGCCACAAUUAUCAUUUUUUGUCUGUAUGGCGGGCGAUGAUUCACUUCGCGAGUAUUAUAAACAUUGCAUCAAUGAAGUUUUUAGAUAUACCUUGGGCCAGCUUUUAACGUCCAUUGAACUUGCUGAAGAAAAACGGGUUCGCGGCCAAUGUCAAAGUCUUUUACGAGUGGCUAGACGCUUGCUUAGACAAAUUGGUGAUUUGGGUCAAUUGCUUCGAGGUGUUAUGGCAGAGGCUAAGGAUCUGGCAGGAGCUGAACGUUGCUCAUUGUUUCUAGUCGAUAAAGAUACUGGCGAAUUGGUAUCGAAAGUGUUUGACGGCGAUGAGGCUACUCACGAGGUGCGUAUUGAAGAAGGUAAAGGUAUCGCUGGUCAUGUAGCGAUGACAGGAAAAUUAUUGAAUAUUCGAAAUGCCUAUCAACAUCCCAUGUUUUAUAAAGGUGUGGAUGAAUUAACUGGAUUUAAAACAAGAAAUAUACUCUGCUUUCCUAUCUGUGAUGAAAUCGGCACUAUUGGAGUUGCUCAAUUAUGUAAUAAGUUGGGUGGUUUCCACUUCGACAAAUGCGACGAAGAAGUUGCCACGGCCUUCUCGAUUUAUUGCGGCAUUGCAAUUAUGCAUGCGCUCGGUCACAAACGCGUUCAGAAAGCGGAAGCUCGUCAUAAGUUGUCGCAAGAACUCCUCAUUUAUCAUAUGAAAGUGCCCGAGGAGGAUGUAAGGAAUUUACUCACAACAUUGAAUCAACCAACGCCAGUCAUUGAGAAUUUUGCAUCAUUUACAUUCUGUCCACGCGAUAUCGAUCGGUCCAUCACAGUGAACAUGGCAAUGAAGAUGUUCUUCGACUUAGACUUCGUCAAGAAAUUCAAAAUGCGAAGGGAUAAACUGGCAAGAUUUCUACUUGUUGUGCAAAAAGGAUAUCGCGACACGAUUCCAUACCAUAAUUGGUUGCAUGCCUUCUCCGCGGCACAUUUUGCCUACUGUUUGGUGAGGAAUUUAAGGCUCAUCGAGAGAGGAUUUUUAAGCGACCUUCAAUCUUUAUCGUUCCUGAUCGCUUGCUUCUGCCACGAUUUGGAUCAUCGCGGUACAAACAAUUCCUACCAAAUGGAGUCGAAAAGUACCUUGGCCAGAUUAUAUAGCAGUGAAGGAAGUGUUAACGAACGUCACCAUCUUUCGCAAGCAAUUUGUAUACUUAAUGAUGAGAACAGUAAAAUCUUAGACUGUCUAUCAACAGAUCAGUUCAAGGAAUGUAUUGAUUACCUCAGGGAGUUGAUUCUUGCCACCGAUCUUGCCAACCACUUCAGGAUCUUUAAACAACUGAAAAAUUUAACUCAAGAGAACUUGAAGGAUAAUACGAUGCUACUGAUGUCAUUACUGAUCACUUGUUGUGACCUUAGCGAUCAAAUCAAACCAUGGCCUACUACACAUUACGUUGCCGAACUUGUCUACGAAGAAUUCUUCACGCAAGGUGAUCUAGAGAAGCAAAUGGGCCUAGCACCAAAUGAAAUGAUGGACCGACAAAAAGCCUGCAUACCAGAAUUACAAAUCGAAUUUAUUGCAACAGUUGUUCGACCAACAUUCGAAAUCUUAGCCAAUCUCUUCCCAGAAACUCAAUAUUUCCUCGAAGUAAUAGACAACAAUCGGAAAAAUUGGGAAGCCACGAUAGGAACAAUUUGUAAAUAUCCAUGAAGUCAAUAUGCCAUUGCAGCCGCAACUAAACCAAUUGAGUAGCAUAGAGAAGUAGAGUUAAACGUAUUAGAGUUAUCGUUGUGUGCAUUAAACAAUAAAAUAGAUGUCCAUGUCGGUGUUGUAUCGUUCUGAUUACAGUAAACUGAUUUUGAUAAGUUUUUACUCUCCGAGACGACGACUCAAUGUUAGUCACUAAAGUGAAGGAGCCACGGGAAUUAUUUGUAUUAUAACGUUUAAGUUUUCCAGAUUGUAAUUUAUAUUUUAGGAUUAUGUCGUAAUUAAAUUAUUUUUUCAGACUCUGAUAUUUCUUGUUAUCCAGCAGAAUAUUAGACUUUAAGUAGAUAGAAACAGAAUAAUUGUAGGAAUUGAAGGAAGAUAAUGCCCAAUUCACAUCAUAUCGAUGUUGUUCACUAACUGAAUAAUAUUUUAGGAGGGAAUAAAGAUUAGAUGUGUAAUA